GCCCAAACCUGCCCCAUUUACACCACUAGACUUUCUCUCUCUAUGCCUGUUCCUGGUGCAUGUCGCCUCUAGCCUCACCAUCGCCCGUUACUAUCACGGCUGCUACCAGUAGCACGACGCUCGUCACGGAUUCUCACAGUCGCAAAUCCGUACAGGCCUCGUUCAGGGUCACGGAUCCCUGGCCGUGGAGUUGUCUAGCUGGCAAACACACCUAAAUCAUUGGCCUGGCGCUCGCCAAAUAACGGCUAGACGAAGCCUUGACACGUUCGCGUGCACCGAGAAGUGGUCCUUGUUAGCCAGAUCUCCACCACUAGACAUGCUCAAACAUGGGUCUGCCUCGACUUGAAACAGCCGAGCCCUUUUUUGGGCCUCCUGUGUCGAUUCCUGUGGCCUGCUCAGCCACCGGCCCCGGCGGGUUGCAGCAAUUGUCGAGCUGCAUUUACAGCGAUUCCGUCGCUCGAAGAAGAGAAUGAUCGUGAAGAAGAAUAGAACUGCGAACCACAUGGAGAUAUGAAGAUCUACAAGUCGAUGACGCUGGUCGGCAAUGACAGAAAAGAGGAUACUCCAACCCGCACAGACAGACAGAGGGUCUGCCAUCAUCAUCAACUACCCCAGAUGGUCAGACCAGCUGAAGGUCCGUGGAGCGUCUGGAUGACAGGCGGCCACGAGAAGAGAAGAUCAAUGGUACACAAUCAUCUCACGCUUAAAUGGACCCACGACGUCGGUGAUGUCGAUUUCUUUAUGCUAUCCAGCCACUUCCAACCACAGGCUCCUUGAACUUCUAUACAACAUUGUACAAUCGUUGCUGCUGCGGUUCCAGAGCGCCGGGAAAUUGCAUUUUCAGGGGUGUUUUCGCCCGAAGGACUUGCAGGUCAACCGAGCAUUUCGUACCUCGUAAAACAAAUAAAAAUUUGGUUAGUAAGCAGCGUCUUGUCUUCACAGCGUACGCACCUUCAGAACAUCCGACCAUUUCCUUCGAGACUAUAGGUAAUGGACCUGUACAACGCAAAGCAACUGUCCUGGCAUGAGAACUUGCUCCUUCAGAGGAGUACCACAUACCACUGUAUCACUUAACAACGUUUCAGGCUCAAUGAUGCCUCGCCUGUACGAACGCCAUGGCUAUUGAUUGUCCCAUCCAAACAAUCGCGGUGUGCGGGUGGUGGGAAAAAUAUAAAUCUUGAGGCCAAGUGACCAGUCCCAUGACAAAAUACCAGGUCUUGAGAAGUCCUCCCUUUUCCUCGAGAACUGUACAAAACCCAGCUCGGGUGAUCAUGGCCAUGCUCAUCUACCUGGUUCACAAAGCCUCUCACGAUGCCUUCUGGCUCUUCUCUUCGCCUGCUACGAGUCGGACCUGCCGCCAUUAAAUACACACGUCCGCUACUACGCGGCCAAAGCGUGCCCACAUCGUGGGACCUGCCUCGUCAAGAAUUCUCUUGUACUACUAAUAUUUCCAAUCGCAAGAAAAAGAGAACACUGCUCCUCUUCCCUCUCCAUUCCCCCGUUCGUUCAUUAUGUCUGUGCCUGAGUCACAGACGUCCGUUCUUUGUCCCUGAACCGAGUUCCCAGUUUGACACCAUCUUGGUUGAUCCUGCAUAUAUAUUACGGACCAAUUCAUCAGCAUGGAGAAUUCUCCUGCUUCGAAUCCCUCGACCAAUUCUUCCCGCAAGUCCACCCAGUCAGGGCAUCUGCCCGGAACACCAAAACCACCAUUUGACCCUCCUCGAAGGCGGUCAUCCUUGUUCUUCACCAGAGUUCUACAAUAUAGCCAGUCUCCCAAAACCCCAAGUCGUGGUUCUUCGAACUUGGCCGAAAAUCCGCAAUCUGCAAGCGGACUUCCAACGUCCAGCAUUGCCCGCAAGAGAUUGACUUCCCCUUUGACGAGAUCGGUCGCCAUGCCAGGCCACGUUGCACAGAUGCAGAGGCUCUUCCAGACAGCAAAAGCAUCGCUACGGCUAGACGUUCGAUAUGCUAGCUCACCAAGCGGCGCAAUCGACUCCAGGCUCCCGACGAGUCCAGAAGAAGAGAGCGCUAGCAGCACCGAUAGCUGUACCCAGUUCGUGAAAGCAGAAUCAGAAACACCAUCCAAAGAAUGGAGAUAUUCUCGGGCACCAAGGCUGCUUGCAGAGUUCGACAUCGACGUCAGGGAGCCUUUCCCGGACGCAUCUCCCCAGCUACCAGAACUGCUUUCUGUUGGCACAGACCAACGUGGGGCUGAGGUUGCAGAGCCUCCAAGCAGUGGUUUCACUUCUCCUGCGGACCGACCGGAGCUUGACCACCGGGAGUCCGACGAUAUUGUGUUGCCAUCUUCCAUGGACCAAACGGUCUCGACUGACGGCGCCAAUGCGCAGGAUGACAAUCCUCGGUUAUCUGCAAGUGCACUAGAGGGACCGCUGACAGAUUUGCGAGUAAGUAGCGAAGCAGAUAUGGACGUUGAUCUAACGGACGAUUCGCCAAUUGUCAACCUCCUCAAUCGACGGUCUAGAGAAAUAGUUGUACAUCGUCAGACAUCCCCAAAGGUCAAGGAAAAUAUCACCCUGUCUGCCCCUGCCAAAGCUGCUGCGGAUUCAGCGAGGGUCAAGCGUGGUAUGUUAAGCGACUUAUUUUCCAAGCAUCAGCCUCGCACAGAGAGCGACAUAGAUGUAUCAUCAUCAGGAUCCGGGGAUUCUUCGAAACCUGCCAUGACUCCCUGCCCUGAUCCUUUGCUCCAUGAGCGCGGCCCUGUGGUUCUAUGCCCCAAUCCAGGUCUGCACUAUGGAUCUUGCACGCCGAGCUCAUUUGCCUAUAGUGGUGCUACCCCAAGCCCGAAUAUGCAACACCAUCAUGGCCAUCACCAGCACGCCAUGCAUUCCGCAAUCCCCCAACCUCCUAUGCCUUUCAACAGGGCCACCGCAACUGGCAGUCCCAUGCCAAUUCUGAAGGUCAAGUCACCUCCUGUCUCACCGGGUCGCAUGAGGAAUCGCCCUCACGAUGCAUGGAAUGAUGCGCAGCAAGUCGCCCAACGUCAACAUCCUCGGCACCACCGUGAACAGCUCAACAGAGAGUUUUUGCACAGGGACUUCCUACCUAGAUCUGCCGAGAACUUCCGACCCGGCUGGUACUAUGCGAAAGAAAACUUACCUGCACUGAAGCCGCCAGGUCCGGCAAUGUAUUCUUUUUCCACAGCGGCCGCCAAAGUAGUUGGACAUGACCCAGCACCUGAUUCGAGGAUUCGAGACUCAUACAGAACUGAUACUCUAACGCCACUGGCCAGACCACCAACCAGAUUUCGAAAGAACGGCAUCAUCGCUCUUGCCAGUGCUCGUGGAGUUGGAAAGUAUUACGCUACACCGGCCUAUGGACCGCGACCUCCCAGUCGAUCUAGUCAUUCAAGGCCAGUGCAUCUACCGGACUCCCAGAGGUUUAGGAGUAGUCCGCCAAGAUCCUUUGCUGAUUCGUCCCGAAUCACAUAUCCGAGAAAACGUUCGCGUGAGCUUGACACUCCAAGCAUCGACCCUCUGGAAGAUGUCGCCGAGAGAGAAAGACCAGUCGAUCCGAAACUCGCACUGGAGGAGGGCGAGGAGAUAAUCGAGGUUGAUGAAGAGACUCGGGCGGCCGUUCGCAUGAGUCUUUAUGGGGCUACGACACUGGACGAACCCAACUCUGCUGGGAGAAGUAUGAAAGAACUGAAUCCAAAUGUUGUGGCUGGACGAAAGGGUACACGAUCGUCCGCCGGAAGAAAGAAACGACGCCCGAGUUACUGGGAUGGAGACCUGGAGGAAGUGGUGCAAAGCCCAGCAGCCCGGCAUGUCGUGAGCUCGCCAGUCAAAAAGGACGACGUGCGAUCGCAACAGGCGGAAGUGGAAUUUGAGGAAGACUCCGGUGUUGGGGGGAUUCCUAUGACUGAUGGUGAGAUAAUAGUAGGGGACCUGGUUGAAGAUAGGACGGAAGCAGGCGAAGACACCAAGAUGUUGGGCUGAUGGGUUCGCUCUGGGAAACCUGUAUCAUUCGGUAGGCGGGCAUCGAGCCAGAUGGAGGAAGAGUAGACAAUGCCAAAAGGGGCUGUGUAUGAUUGGAAUGAUAUAUUGGCCUGAACUAGGCCUCAGUAGGCGUCACAUUCUUGACAUGCUCAAGACAUCCGUGUUACAUCGUACGCUAUCAGGAGGGUGUCUUGCGCUUGAAUGUCCUCGAUCUUACUGCUUAUAUAAAGAUGACUCGAGCCAAACUUUGAUCGCACGUGGCAGAAAACAAUAGGUAGGCACUUAUAUUAUUCAUUCUUCAUUAUUCGUAGCUAGCUACAGUACGUAUUUUAGUGAGCUCUAC